AUGAUGACGUGCCGUCUGCUGUGCGCCCUGCUGGUGCUCGCCCUGUGCUGCUGCCCUUCCGUGUGCGUGACAGAUACUGUUGGAAAUACUAAUACUGAGACGAAUAUAACCCCUAAAGAAAACGUAAACAAAAGGACCGUUACCGCAGUGUCAUCGAGUACGCCCACUAAGCCAGGGCCAACGGCUCCGGCGGACACCACGGAAGAAGUUUCAGAAGAAGAGCCCGGUUCGUUACGCUCAUCGGAUUCGGUCAUUGCGGGACAGGUUGAAAGCAAUGCCGAUAUGGAAAUAAAACCAAAUACGACGACCACGACCACGACCACGACAACAAAAGCACCAACCACAAAUACGACCACCAAUAAAACUACGACGACGACCACUGCGCCAGAGGCACCAAGUACUACGACUACAGAGGUGCCAACCACGACGACCACCCGCGCACCGUCACGUCUUCGCGAAAUCGACGGCAGCCUCAGCAGCUCUGCGUGGGUGUGUGCCCCGCUGCUGCUCGCCGUAUCCGCGCUGGCGUGCACCGCUGUGGGCUGA